AUGGAUAGCAGUUCAUUAGUCAUCAGUGAUUCUAAUCAUUCGGGAGAUGAUUCUAAUCUAACAAAUGACACACCAACGUUACAUGCACGAAUUGGCUUUGCAUGUGCCUGGGUUAUGAUAGCUGUUGCUGGUGUUAUUGGAAAUGGUUUAGUCAUAUUUGUGGCCAUAAGAUUUCAAAAGUUAAACAACGUUACAAAUUGCUUUAUUGUCAAUCUUGCCAUUACUGAUAUUGUAUUUUUGGCGUUUUGUAUGCCAUUACUCGUUGUUCAAUAUACGUUAGAUCAGUGGUUUUUUAGUGAAAUAUUGUGUAAAUUACUCAAUUUCAUCUCAUUUGUCAGUGUACUCGUCACCGUUCUCACAUUAGUCGUAAUGACAAUUGAUCGAUAUAUUUACGUUGUACGACCAUUUGAAAAUUUAACAUGGCGAAGACCGUCAACCGUUUUUGGUCUAAGUUUUUUUAUCUGGAUAAUUUCUUGUGGAUUUGCCUCACCAUUCUAUCAACAUUAUGGUAUUAGUGAGAAACACGACGAUUCAAAGUGGCAAUGUGUCCUAUUAAGUCCAGAAAAUUUGCAGAAAAAAUUUCGUAUCUACACCGUUACACUCUAUUAUUUUAUACCGCUGACAAUAAUUAUUGCCUGUUACGGAAAAUUGCUAUUUUAUGUAUUCAAAAAAGAAAAUAAACUGAAACCAAAAACAAAAGACAAUGUUGCCCGAUGGUCAAAAAAACGUCGAGCUGUUACCAAAAUGGUAGCCAUUGUUACUGUUGUCUUCUCAGUUUGUUGGCUGCCUAUAACAUUAUUAAUUAUCUAUCCGUGGGAACAAAAACAUAAAACCGUAUUUCUCUAUUAUUUUAAAGUUAUUGCUAAUUCACUAUCCUAUUUAAAUUCAUGUUGCAAUCCAAUCAUCUACGCAUUUCUUAACCGAAGUUUUCGGCAAAAUUGUGGAAGUUUAUUAUCGCGUCCAUCUUGUUCUCUGUUAUGUGGUGAAGAACAUUUUCAUCAUUCAACAAACAAAAGUUUCAUCAAUCAUCCACCUCCUGAUACCUAUGAGAGUAAUAAUGACAAUAAUAAUCACCAAAAAAAAAUUAAAUUUCUUAUAUCACCACGAAUUGCUAACAAUGAUUUUUCUGAUGCUGAGAACGACAAUGAAGUCUCAGUUGGUAAAAGUAGACGAACACGAAAAAAAAGUCAUGAACUUAUAACAUAUGGUAGUCAUUUGACAGAACCAUUGAGCACACAAAUAGGAACCGAACCAGUGAGCGUCUAA